AUGACUGCUCCUCAGCCAGCAAACGCAUACAUACUAGCUCUUCCUAAUGAACCCCUCGAGGAAGUACUGUCACCGGAAGUACGGGAGGAGCGUUAUUACGACAACACAAAAAUUGGGAUCGUCACCCUCUGCUCCGUUUCCAAACGUUUCCGCGAUAUUUUCCUUCGGCACCUUUACCGCACCAUCCGUUAUCAUGAUAUACGCAACAUGAGACCGUUCCUCGACGUACUUCGCUUCCGGGGCGUCCAAUACGUCGUGCACCUCGACCUGGUGCUUCACCCAAUCCUCUGUGUACCCGGUUACGAUCUCCUUAGCAUGCUUGACUUGUUCCUUCUUUCGCUGCCGAAACUUGAGGUUCUCCAGUCUCUCCGCCUCGACAUCCGUCCAACGCCAAGAGACCUAGAGGACAGUUACCCCACCAUCAUAUCGGUCGUUGAACGGGCACCCGCAGAUGUAGUGCAUUUGUCUCCAGAAGUGGUCAAUACUCUUAAUUCGGUGUUCCAAACCCUUCCUCAAUCACUUCGUUCACUUUCUUUGAGUGGGUUCUGUUUGGAAGAUGCCACAGCAGGUCUAGCGGCUACCGAAUUCCCUUCUCUACGCACCCUGUCGCUCGACCUGAACGGGACAGGCGACCCGUACAUCGUCAACAGUCGGCACUUCUUGCGGGGAAUGCCUCGCCUUGAAAGCAUCGAUCUUCCCGUGCAGUGGUGUCCUCGCAGAAUGUUGUUCAGACGAGUGUUUGCCGGUCGCAAAUUCAAACACAUCAAAAUCGGAUUUACUGGGCGGAUGCGCAUGUCUGACAUGGACACGCAUGAGGAUCAUGCAUGCCCAUGGAACCGGUGUAUCGUCGGGUUGCUCCGACAAUCUUCCUCUAUCCUGACGAGUCUCAACAUUGGGACGAUAUCCCUCAUUAUUCCUUGCGACGAGGCAUUCCCUGCAUUGACCUCGCUCACUCUUCUCGAUAUCGAAUUUGGCUUUAAUGCUGGGAAAGAGCUCAAAGGACUCCUGGCGCCCUUUCUUAGCUCUCCCGUGUCGGAGCUCACUACCGUCAAGGACGAAUACGAUCCUCCGGAUCUUUAUCCUUAUUUGCGUUGUUUGGGAAAUGAUGCUGCUUGGGAUCCGAAGACACGGAGAGAGCUUGAAGCGAUAUGCGAACACCGGGGGGUGGGUGCAUGGCUGGAUUGGGGGUACGCAGACUUACCCUGGAGGGAUUAG